GCAAAGAGCAGAACCGCAAUUCUCUAUAUCACACAUACCUCUAAUGGUUUACGCGUCGGCCGUUAUUUGGAAGUGUCUUUUCUCUGUAAUAUCAUGGUAUGGAAUUGUUGGUGUGGAGAGUUGGUUCGAUGUCGUGCUUACAGCACCGCACUAUGUCGGCAUUGGAUCUUCAGCUGUGCUUAUAUGCGAUCACUCGGUGGAAAGAGAAGUCCUCUAUAAAGUCCAAUGGCUCAGGAACAGCAAAAAGUUCUUCCAAUUUAUAAGAGAUAGAAAACCACCUUUUAAAAAUUUUACAUUAAAAGGAGCCACCGUCUCAUGGUCAGAGAAUACCGAGUCGCAGCUUAUGCUUAUGAACAUAACUACGAAUGCUUCAGGCUAUUACAGCUGUGAAGUGUCAACUGAUUCGCCGAUUUUCACGAAGUCUUCUGAGUCUCGCGAAUUGGUUGUUAUCGAACUUCAAAAAGAAUCACCGAAAAUUUCUUUCGGAAAGCAAAGCUACCGUGUUGGAGACUGGCUAUUGGUCAAUUGUACGACAAAAAUUCAAUCCCAUAUCACAUGGUUGAUAAAUGGAGUCAAGGUUGAUUCUGACCAUAUAAAGUAUUACAAAGGGAAAGUAGCGGAGCUGCAGUUAAGGAUGACAGAGGCGCAUGUACCAAAAAUAAAGCUGACGUGUAUAACUGGAAAGGGAGACGUUUCACACGUCACAAACACAAUAUUCGUUGAAGUCUUCAAGAAAAAGCCAGAACCCGAACUGAAACUGACAAGUUCAGACCUGCAGGUGAGCUGUAAUGAGGCAUGUCCAAUCACAAUUUCCUCUCUCCUACUUCUUCUCACCCUGCUCCAGUCAGGUGGAUGAGAGAAACGUAAGUCUCUGACGUAUUGAUUGAUUGGUAUAAAACCUCCAAAGAAACUUAGCUACCUGACAGUAAUGAAGUAUUUACAAAAGAAGAGCCAUUCUUGCAUCUAUCAUACGAGUAAAUCAAUAUACAUAUCAUUUAAGCAAUACCUUUUAACCAAAGCAUUCAUUUGUGAUAAAAGUCUUCAAUUUUAUUUUUUUAAAUCAAAU